AUGUUGUUCGUGACCGCACACGUCGAGGACCAGGAGAGCAGAAAGAAGUCGACGGGUCUCGCUUCUGGCCAGGAACAGGGCACCGCGGCAUCCUCCUCGGCUAUCGAUGGGCGCUCUACGACGACCGCAGGACCCUUUGAGUCAGCUGGGUCGCGGGUCGAGGAUCCGGCUGUGAAACGCGCGUCGUCGGUGCCGCAGCUACUGAGGCCUCAGAACUCUACUAAGCGGCCAUCUUGGAGAUUUCUUACUGCAUCAAGGUAUAGGCGCGGUCCUCGUCUAUCUGGGAUCUCAAUGAUGGCACGCGAAUUAUGA